ACGGCGCCGUUACGUCACACAUUGCUCAGCAGAAGAAACUUGUGGCUGCAGAUGUGCAGUCCGGGAUUAACGGAGCCGGCGCGGACUGAUGGAAAACACAGGACGUCAUGAAGGAGAUUGACAGUGUGGGAGCGGACAAAGAUGAGCAGUGGGUUGUCACUGAGAGAAACGAUGAGGAGGAGGUUCCAAUAAGCCGCACUUUCUCGGUGGAGGACCUCCUUGAUGAGGUGGAGAAGAUCUGUUACGAUGCCUCAGGGACUUCAAAGGUGGAGAUGGUGGUGAGGCUGUGGAAGGACGGCUUUACCGUCAACGAUGAGGACUUUCGCAGCUACUCGGUGCCAGAAAAUCAAGAUUUCCUGGAUGCCAUUAAAAGAGGGGAGCUUCCGGCGGAGUGGGAGAGCAGAGCCGAGGAGGAGGAGCUGGAGAUCAGCGUGGAGGAUCUGACCGAGGAGAAUUAUGUCCCCAAGAAGAAGGCCUUUCACCCCUUCAGCGGCCGAGGAUACCGCCUGGGCAGCGUUGCACCCAGAGUUGUGGCCAGGUCACCGUCCGUGCACGAGGAUGGAGAAUCUCCUCCUAUUCCCAUGGUAACACUAGACCACACCCUUCCCGUUACCUCGCUGCAGAUCUGGUUGGCUGACGGCAGGAGACUGGUGCAGAGGUUUAACCUAUCGCACCGGAUCGGCGAUGUUCAAGAUUUCGUGGCGCGCUGCCAGAGGAGCUGCCCACCUUUCGUCCUGACCACGUCGGUUCCCUUCCGAGAGCUCGGCGACAAAGAGCUGAGCCUGGAGGAGGCGGAUUUGGCCAACGCCGUCAUCGUCCAGAAACCCCUGAACACACAGGCGCCGUUCGGACACUCCUGACCAACAGGGCCGCAUAAGAGUCACACAGCACGACACCGUUCCCCUCACCGACACACCACCACCCUGUCCCCCAAUGCGAAAUCCAAACCUCCCAUAACCUGUCAUGUCUCUUUCUUCACUAAAAUCGUUAUAUAUGGGUUCGUCCAUCUCAAAUCAUCAGAGGCCGUCUGCUCGACCAAAUCGGAUUUGCCUGAAGAUUUUUUAAUGAUGGAUAUUUAAAAUUGUGUAUGCAAACUUAUAGAUCCGUAUAUCAAACACUUUCCAAGAUAGCUUGUUUUUUCUUUUUUAAACUUGUCGCUCGACCGACUUCUAGCAAGUUUUUUUACACCUUGAAAUUUAAGGCCAUGUUUGGAUGACUGUUACACAAAAAUCUCCUCCGAACCAAGGGUGAUGCCUACAAAAUGAGGGCCAAGAUAAAAAGAAAAUGCCCAUAUUACAAGAUAUUAUUUUCUUACUUACAUUUUGAAACUCCAGAGUUCUGUUCAACUUGAAUUAGUCGAUCUUUUGCGGUACAACUUGUCAUACCAGUUCAAUCCGCAGUGCAAGUUCAAUGAAAAUAACUUCUUUUUAUUUUAUUUUUGUGACCCAGUAUUUCAUUUUUAAAGUAUCCUAUAGGUUUUUGAUUUGUACUAUUAGUAGCUGUAGCUGCAUAUGGUUCAGAAAAUAUCACGAGUUGGCUUCUGCUUUUUAUUGUGGGACAUUUUUUUCAUAUUUCAACUCACCCAUGAUUAGAGGUUAUUUGAUCUACAUUUUCCAGUAUUGCCGAUUCUGAUUCAAUGUCAUGAUGAGACACAACAGUGAAAAUCUUCAGUAGUUCAUGAGGUAUUGUCAUUCAAACACGGCUUCAAAUUUCAAUGUGUGAAAAAGAAAAACAUGCUGAGA